AUGGUUACUGGUGAAAUAGAUCAAAAGAGAAAUAAUCAGUUCUCUAUAGAAGCUGUCUAUCUAUUAGAGCCAACCCCAUUCAUUAUCAAUUGUUUAUUAACAGAUUUUACAAAUAUACCGACUAGGUAUAAAGGUGCACAUAUUUUCUUUUUACCAGGUUUAACAAAUGAUUUAUCAAAUAAAUUAAAAGCAAAUAUUCAUUUCCAAAAAAAUUUGAAAACUUUCCAAGAAUUCUAUUUGAACAUUUAUCCAAAAGAAUCAAAUGCUUUCACUACAAAGACCUUAAAUUCAAUUCAAUUAUAUUAUAAUCCACAAUGUCAUGAUUUAGUAACCAAAACCAUUGUUAACACCGCAAGAUCAUUAGUUGAUCUUUGUGUAAUGACUGGUGAAUAUCCAAUCAUUAGAUAUUAUUCCCCAAAUGAAAAUGAUGGUUAUUUCAAUGCAUCGGUAUUACCACAAAUGAUUGCUACAGAAUUACAAGAACAAUUGGAUGAAUAUACAAGAAAACAUCCAGAUUUCCCACCAACUUCAACAAGACAAAGAUCUAUAUUCAUAAUAACAGAUCGUACUAUUGAUUUAUUUGCACCUUUAUUACAUGAAUUCACUUAUCAAGCUAUGGCUUAUGAUAUAAAGUCCAAACAAAUUCAAAAUGAUGUUUAUCAUUAUGAAGCUGAAGAUGAAACUGGUCAAAAAGAUGCAAAAGAAUCAAAAUUAGAUGAAAAAGAUCCAGAAUGGAUUCAAUUAAGACAUUUACAUAUUAUUGAUGCUCAAAAAUUAUCAAGUACAAGAAUUGAAGAAUUUUUGUCUAAAAAUUCAAUGCUUGUUGAUAGAUCCAAAAUUCAAAAUACUUCAGAUAUUUUACAUGCAGUGGCACAUUUAAAAGGUUUUGAUGAAGAAAGAAGAAUUAUUUCAUUACAUAAAAUUUUGUUGGAAAGUUUAUUAUUAGAAAAUGGUGAAAGAAAAUUAGCAGAGUUAGCAGAAUUUGAACAAAAUGUCGUGAAUUUUGGUGUUGAUAUUGAUGGUGAACGUGUUAAAAACCUUGCUGAUCAAUUAAUUGAGAAUUUAGCUCAAGAUUUCUAUACUUUCCCUGAAAAAUUAAGAACUAUUGUACUUUAUGGUCUUUAUAGAGGUGGGUUAAUCGAGGAAGAUUAUAUUAAGUUAUUUAACUUUUUGGGAAUUAACCAAUUACAUGAAAUCACGUAUAAUUUAGAAUUAAUUAAAAAUUUUGAAACAAUUGGGUUUAAACUAGUUAAACCAAAUUUAAAAUCAAAAUCAAUCUUUAAAAGGGAAUUCUUACAUGAAUCAAUAUCAGAAAAUUCUUAUAAUACAUCAAGAUUUAGACCAAGUAUGAAUUCUAUAAUUACAAAUGUCUUAUCAAAUACAUUAGAUGAUAUUAGAUUCCCAUAUAUUAAAGAUAAACCAAUAGAUCUUGAAAAUGAUAUAUCAAGAACAAAUUCCACAUCAACUGCAUCAUUGAAAAACCCAAAACAUAAAGCAUCAUGGGCCAAAACAAAUACACAAUUUAAACCACCAAGACAAAGAAUUUUUUAUUUUAUAGCUGGUGGCGCAACUUAUUCAGAAAUUAGAACUGCAUAUGAAUUAUCAAAUAAAUUUGAAAAAGAUGUUAUAAUUGGUAGUGAUGAUUUAAUAACACCAAUUCAAUUCAUUGGAGAAGUUAAAAAAUUAUCAUUAUCAAGACCUGAUUUGAAAUUAUAUAUUGAUUGGAAAAAUUCAAAACCUAUUGAAGCACCAAAAUAUUUAUUAGAUAAUUAUUCUGAAAAAAAUCCAAAAACUGCUCAUAAUAGUGCAAAUUCAAAUAUUCGUCAACAACAAUCUGUUAAUAAUGGGAAAUCAAAUUCAAAUAAUGCAUCAACUCAAGAACCUGAAAAGGAAAAGAAACGUUCAAAAUUCAAAUUAUUUUCUAAAAAAUCUAAAGAUUAA